AUGUCAGUUCUCUCUGUCACAAACUCCAGUAGCUCUAGGUUUGCUUUGACUGGUUUUCCUGGUUUAGAAAUUUAUUACCUCUGGCUCUCAGUCCCAUUCUCCAUCAUCUAUGUGACAGUGUUCCUGGGAAACUGCAUGGUGUUGCAUGUGAUCCGGACUGAGCCAAGCCUUCACCAGCCCAUGUUCUAUUUCCUGGCCAUGUUAGCACUCACUGAUCUGUGCAUGGGACUGUCCACUAUUCACACAGUGCUGGGCAUCCUUUGGGGCUUCAUUCAAGACAUCAGCCUCGAUGCUUGCAUUGCACAGUCUUAUUUCAUUCAUGGAUUGUCCUUCAUGGAGUCCUCUGUCCUUCUUGCCAUGUCCUUUGAUCGCUACAUUGCUAUUUGCAAUCCUCUAAGGUAUUCUUCCAUCCUAACCAAUGACAAAAUCAUGAAAAUUGGAGUGGCCAUCUUAUGUAGAAGUUCUAUGCUCAUUCCUCCAGUCAUCAUCCGCCUGAAGUUCUUAAAUUACUGCCGGCCUCAUUUUCUCUCUCACUCUUUCUGCCUGCACCAAGAUUUAAUUCGAAUGGCCUGUGGUGACAUCCGUUUCAAUAGCAUAUAUGGUCUAGCCCUGGUAAUCAGCAACCUGUUGCUGGAUUCAGUACUCAUAUUAAUGUCAUAUAUUAUGAUCCUGCACACAGUUCUAUCUAUUGCUUCUAGGGAGGAGAGAAUCAAGUCUCUACAGACUUGUGUUUCUCACAUCUCUGCUGUUUUGGUUUUCUACAUCCCCAUCAUUGGUCUGACCAUGGUUCACCGCUUUGGAAAGCACCUCUCUCCACUGGUUCAUGUCCUCAUGGGCAACAUCUACAUCCUUUUCCCACCCUUGAUGAAUCCCAUUAUAUACAGUAUCAAGACUCAACAGAUACGAGUGAGAAUUAAGAGAUUGUUCCUGAAGGGAAAUUAG